GCCGCACUCGCUAGUUGAGCGGGGCCAAAAACGUUAUCAGUUAACGUAUUUGACAAGACUCCAGUUUCACCAUUCAUUGUUGUUUUACGAUUGACUUGACGUUGUGUGAUGUCAGCGUGGCUAUACGGUUUAGCUAUACGAAACGUUCUUCGAUUAAUAUUAGUAUUUUUUGUUUAACUACAUUCCGCAGGACGACAAAGAAACGCUGCUAACGUUACAGAUGUUCAGCCUUGCUUUAGCUAGUCAGUUAGCAGCAACGAAUGCUGGUCACUGACAGGCUACUAGGGCAGUGGGACACUGAGCCAAACGCAUGUCGAGGUCAGCACUCACUCAGCGAUGGACAAUUACGAGGAGUUCUGUUUGCGGAGCCUGGCCAAGCUGCAAUCGGAGGGGCAGGGGGAAAGGAUGUGCUCCAACUCGCCGACACCUGGCCAAUGGCUGAAAUCUUCAGCCAUCUGUAUCCACGGCAAAACUAUCCUGUCACCCCGGCUGACUGAGGAGCAGCGAAGAGAGAUGUGUGUGUAUCGGCAGAGAGCAGCUGAGAAGGAGGCCGAGAGAGAGGUCCUGUGCAGGAGUAGCCUGCUCACACAGGUGCAGAAUAUUCUGGACAAUGCCCAGAAACAGAAACGCAAAGUGCUCCAGCCGUCCAAGGCUCCAAAUUCUCCUGUGAACCACAAUCCUCAAACCGAGCUUCAGCUCAGAAGCUUCCCCCAGGGCUCAGACCAGCAGUGCCUGCCCAUUAGUAGGGUGGUGGUGACGGACACGGCCCCCGCUCAUCAGGUGGAGCCGUUUGCGCUCCGACUGAGGGAGGUGGAGGUGAGGACAGAGGAGGAGGAGCAGGAGGAAGAGGAGGAGGAUGAUGAGGAGGAGGUAGAGAUGGAGGAGGACAGUAUGGGAGGGGAGGUGAGUCUGCAGAGCCUGCUGCGGAAGUCACGUGAGUACAUGGAGCGCGAGCAGGGUCGUGGCCCUGGGUCAAAGGUCGACUGCAACAGCGCCAGCGGUGCCAACGCCACCAGGCCAGUGGCAGCUGUGGCCAACGAGAGCCUGUCCGACAAAGAGAACGACAACGGAAGUCCUGUCGCCGAGACGGCGUCACAACGCCAAAGCCCCGUGUCCUCUGCCGCCGCCGCCACCGCAAGCCCAGUCCAGCGGCAGUGCCAGGACGAGAGUGUGCCCGCCGUGGGUCCACGUGGACCUGCCGAGUCCGUGCCAAGCGGGCCGUGGGCCCGGCUGUGCCAACCCGAGCCCAGUCUGAGCCCGAGUCCGACCCCAACCCUGCGCCCGCACCGCGGCAGACCCAGGCCCGUGUCCACCGGCGACCUCCUCUUCUCCUUCCCCGCCGCCGCCGACAUCGCGGCGUCCCGCCCCAAGGACAUCGGCAUCGCCUCGUGGCUCGCCAUGGACCAGAGGUCGCCUGACCACGCGUCCAGCGCCAGCUGGGUGGCGGGUAGCCGCCGCGCCAGCAACACUGUGCCCAGCCCCGUCGGCGAGGCAGAGGGCGUUGUGGGCGGGCCGAACCCGCCCGGUCCGGAGGGCUUCCGGCGGAGGUGCCACACCCUGGACAGCCAGUUCGGCGUGGCGCCCAUCGACCGCAGUCAGGAGCGGCUCCCGCGCUUCAUGGCCGGCGUGGCGCAGAGGCCCUCCGCCCGCAGGUCUCCGCCCGGACCCCCGUACCCGGGCCAUGGGCAGGAGAGCCCCGUGCCCGCCCUCCUGCGGAACCACCCCGUGACCCCUGACCCCGUGACCUCUCAGGUCAGGCUGCGGCUGGACAGUGAGAGCGAUCACGAGAGCAGGCGCACCCCCAGCCUCCUGAGCACACCUGUGGAGGACAAGCGCACAGAUGCAGUGGAUGCUGUUCAGUGGAGAGUGCAGGCUCUGGAGGAGGAGCAUGCCUUUCAGCUCUCCCUGCUCCUCGCAGAGCAAGAGAGGGAGCAACAGCGCCUCCGCCAGGAGCUGGUGGGUACGGAGCGGCGCGUAUCGGGAGUGUGUCCCAGUGAGCCCGGGGGCGAGUGGGGGAGUGUGAGGGGGGAGCACUACCCAGCCUCCAGCCCCUGCUCCAGCCUCAGUCCGGGAACCGCUGAGAGGUCUCCGCCACACAGCACCUACAGCAUGGGGUUCCCCUCUCCUCUCAGUCCGAGUGUAGCGACUCCCUCCACACCCCCCACCUAUCCAUGGGGAACCGCUCGGGGGGGCAAUAAAUCUAGGAGCAGAUUUAGCCAGGUGCUGAGUGUUGACCAGCAGAGGGUGCUGUGCCGGCUCACUGCAGUGGUCCGUGGCUUCCUCAUCCGCAGGCUGCUCAAAACCGACAAGGUCAAACAUCUUCGGCAGACUGUGCAGGAUACCCAGGAGUUCAUUCGUUCCUUCCAAACUGAGGCUCCUCAGAGAAGAGCCUCCCUCUCUCCACAGGACUUGUCUCUGCAGGACAGAGUCCGAGCUCAGCUGCGUGCGGCGCUGUUUGACAUCCACGACAUCUUCUUUGAGCUGAGCCCAGAGGAACGCCUGGCCCUGCUGCAGCAGGACCGCGAGCUGCGCACCGAGAGGAAGCUGAGGGAGAUGGAGAAGUCCAAGCCCCCCAAGGAGCGCAGGUGUCUGUCUGCAGCCACCCAGAAGUCUCUGGACAGGAAGAAGCAGAGAGUGGGAGAAUCUCCAGGCCCAGUGAGGAAGACUCAACAGAAGCCAAAGAGUCCCAGCACCAAUAGAAUCCUGCUGCCCAGCCAAGGUCAGAAUUCCCCAGUUCCCAGCCAGCUACUCCGCCAAGGGAGCUGGUACAAGAAGACGCCAGAGCACCGCGUGAAGCGCUCUGACAGCCUGAAGAAGCAGCACUCACUGGGUUAACACACACACACACACGCACACACACACACGCACCCACACACUCACAGUUCUGUGCCAUACAGAAAUUACUCAGACUCCUAUUGUACUCCUGAGGUGAACAUUAUGAAUCCCAGUCAGGCCUCAGCCUCAGUUUAUCCUCCCCCCAAUACACACACACACACACACACACACAGCACAAUUCACACUCCUAAUCACUCCUGUCAGACAUCAACAACAUGGUUCGCUGUUGCACACACGCUCCCCAAUAGAUUACUUCUAAAGAGAUGUUGAUCAACAGAUCAUCAAUGUGGUUUACGCUUUUAAACACAGCAUUACUUCUAAAGACAUGUUGAUCAACAGAUCAUCAAUGUGGUUUACGCUUUUAAACACAGCAUUACUUCUAAAGAGAUGUUGAUCAACAGAUCAUCAAUGUGGUUUACGCUUUUAAACACAGCAUUACUUCUAAAGAGAUGUUGAUCAACAGAUCAUCAAUGUGGUUUACGCUUUUAAACACAGCAUUACUUCUAAAGACAUGUUGAUCAACAGAUCAUCAAUGUGGUUUACGCUUUUAAACACAGCAUUACUUCUAAAGAGAUGUUGAUCAACAGAUCAUCAAUGUGAUUUACGCUUUUAAACACAGCAUUACUUCUAAAGACAUGUUGAUCAACAGAUCAUCAAUGUGGUUUACGCUUUUAAACACAGCAUUACUUCUAAAGAGAUGUUGAUCAACAGAUCAUCAAUGUGGUUUACGCUUUUAAACACAGCAUUACUUCUAAAGAGAUGUUGAUCAACAGAUCAUCAAUGUGAUUUACGCUUUUAAACACAGCAUUACUUCUAAAGACAUGUUGAUCAACAGAUCAUCAAUGUGAUUUACGCUUUUAAACACAGCAUUACUUCUAAAGACAUGUUGAUCAACAGAUCAUCAAUGUGGUUUACGCUUUUAAACACAGCAUUACUUCUAAAGAGAUGUUGAUCAACAGAUCAUCAAUGUGGUUUACGCUUUUAAACACAGCAUUACUUCUAAAGACAUGUUGAUAAACAGAUCAUCAAUGUACCACCUGAGCCUGUUUCCCCACACUACAACACACCUUUACCCUCCUAGUCCGUUCGGCCCCAUCAGAAGACAACAAGAGGGACGGAACACACUACUGCACACACGCUUCACACACACACACACACACACACACACACACACACACACACACACACACACACACACACACACACACACACACACACACACACGACAGCGUCCGUAGGUCUGUCCAAUCCACUGAGUUACAUUACAACACAACACACACUCGUCACGCACGAUCACUCCUGCCAGACAGCAAGAGGAGGGAACACGACCCCACACACGCUUUCCACUCGUAGUACUUACUCUGUGCACUGGUUGAGGAUGUCUCUCUGUGCACUGUUAGCAGGAAAUAGGGUUGACAGUCCACUGUUUUUACAUGUUUACAUGCAGCGUUAUGUAACGAAAUGUUGAUCGACAGAUACGUGCUAUGUAGACUAUUGCCUUUUAAGUGUCAGUAUUGGAUCAUUGAAAUAUGAUUGUAUGUUUACUUUUUUUGAUUUAUUUUGUACGCCGAAGUUGCAGUUGUCGCUGUUCUGGUGAAACACACCAUAAACUGUGCCUGUAUACACCAAACAAGCAUGACCUUAGCUUACUGAAAUCACCGUUAGGCAUUUUCUCACAGAGAGGAAUUUAUUGAGUUUAGGUAAAAUCCCGAAUGUAUUCUGCUUUUGCUAGCAUUAAUACUACACUCUUAAAAAGAAAAAGAAAAAGAAAAGAGUUCUUGGGGUGCUAUAUGGAACCAUGCAGGCUUUAAAGAACCCUCACGGGUUCCUUUGAUGGACCCUUCAAAAUGGUUUAAAGAACCAUUUAGGGGUGCCAUAAAUGAAGCAAGGUUUCUGGUUCUAUUUAGCACCUUUUUAUUCUCAGAGUGUAGUAUCCUCAAGCCACAAACCAUAUCAUCUGAAAAACAAUACUUGCUGUAGACCAGAGCGGUGGUCAAAUUUCUAGGAGAUGCAAACAUCGUUUGGUAUAACAAAGACAUGUUAGUCAACAUGUCUCCUUGGGCAGAAUCCAAUUCUGUAGAUCUAUGGGAAAGUCUCAUAGGAAAAAAAAGAAAAGAAAAUAUCUGUCCAAGCAGCCGAACUGUUGAGUGGCCCUGAAUUGGUAUCAAACUGCAAAAGCUCUGGUCCUCUCUGGAGCUGUGUGCGGCAGCUCCGUAGGUUUGACCACUUGCUAGUGUUACCGGUCAUUCAACAGCACAGCACAGCAGGCCUGAGGCUUCCUCCAUUCAGAUUCAGAUGUAAUGCCUUCCUUUGUAGUGAGUUAUGUCUGUACAUUUACUUGAAAUACGUAUUUAUGAGGAUGGAGAAUAGGGCUGCUGGUCUGAACUUUUUAGAGAAAGCUCUGAUGAAAAUAUUGUGAGUGAUGUGUAUUUAUUUGAACCAAUAAAUUAUUUGAAGUCUUUGGAAUAAAGUUAUUGAAAUUUACAAGUGAAAUAAAAGAAUGUGAGUUUAUGUUUGAUAUACCGUAAUUUCCCGACUAUUAGCCGCGGCUUAUACAUUGAUUU